AUGGCAAAUACGGAAGAACCAACGAAAGUAUAUCGUGAUGUCGACCAUGCCCCAGUCACUUCAGUCCUCCCAGAUGGCGACGUGCCCAUAACCGAUCAUGCGUUGAACCCUGACGAGGCCGUCCUGGUAGCGUUGGGUUACAAGCAAGAAUUCAAGCGCGAGUUUUCAUUGUGGACGACUUUCUGUGUCAGUUUUGCCGUCUUGGGGCUUCUCCCCUCGUUCGCGAGUACAUUGUAUUAUGGCAUGGGUUACGCCGGUACGGGUGGUAUGGUUUGGGGUUGGUUGAUUGCCAUGAUUUUCAUUCAGUGCGUUGCUAUGGCCAUGGCGGAGUUGUGUUCUGCGAUGCCGACCAGUGGCGGUCUAUACUAUGCAGCAGCUGUCCUCGCACCACCCGGUUACGGCCCCUUUGCGGCCUGGAUCACAGGUUGGUCAAACUGGAUCGGACAAGUAACAUCUGCCCCAUCAGUCGACUACGCAUUAGCCGCUAUGAUUCUCGCUGCGGCCAGUAUCAACAACCCGGAUUACGUCCCGACAAACUGGCAAGUGUAUCUUCUUACUGUGCUUAUUCUCCUCAUCCACACCAUGGUCAGCAGCAUGCCUACCAAGUGGAUCGCAACAUUCAACUCAUGGGGUUCAACAUUCAAUAUCAUCGCGCUAGUCAUCGUCCUCAUCACUAUUCCAGCAGCGACUAGCAACCACCCCAAAUUCUCAUCGUCGAGCGAUGUCUGGGGCACAAUCCACAACGGCACCGACUACCCCGACGGUGUUGCCAUCCUCAUGUCCUUCGUAGGCGUCAUCUGGACCAUGUCAGGCUACGACUCCCCUUUCCAUUUAUCCGAGGAAUGCUCCAACGCAAACAUCGCCUCUCCGCGCGCUAUCACAAUGACAUCCGCCAUCGGCGGCCUGCUAGGCUGGUUCCUGCAGCUUGUCGUCGCCUACACCGUGACCGAUAUCGAUUCCGUUAUAAGCUCUGACUUGGGUCAACCAUGGGCCUCGUACCUACUACAGGUCCUACCGCAAAAGACAGCAAUAGCCAUCUUAUCUCUAACAAUUGUCUGCGGCUUCUCAAUGGGACAGGGAUGCAUGGUUGCCGCUUCCAGAGUGACCUAUGCCUACGCCCGUGACGACUGUUUCCCCCUUUCCGGAUUAUGGAAACAAGUAAACACCCGUACCCAAACACCCGUCAACGCAGUCAUCCUCAAUAGCGUCCUGGGUAUCCUAAUGUGCCUCCUAAUCUUCGGCGGCAGCGUCGCAAUCGGCGCAUUAUUCAGCAUCGGCGCAAUCGCUCAAUUCAUUGCCUUUGCAAUCCCCAUCGCUAUCAGGGUAUUCAUCGUCGGUAAUCGGUUUAGACCUGGACCAUGGAAUUUGGGGAAAUUCAGUAAGCCCAUCGGUGCUGCGGGAGCGGCUUUUGUGUUGCUCAUGUUGCCUAUCCUGUGUUUACCCAGUAUGACGGGUAGUGAUUUGACGGCUGAUUUGAUGAAUUGGACUUGUUUGGUGUAUGGGGCUCCCAUGUUGGCGGUUACGAUUUGGUGGGUUGUUGAUGCGAGAAAGUGGUUUAAAGGUCCCAAGGUUAAUGUUGAGCAUGCUUUGUAUGGGGUUGAGGAUGUUCUGGGUGUGCCUCCGUCCCAGGAGGAGAAGGAGGAUGAUGAGAAUGCUACUGCCGCUGUCUCCAAGGAUGGCGCUGAUAGUAAAGUCGCUUUAACUUGA